ACAAUAACUUUGGAUAGCACGUGGUACAGUUGUUGUGUGUAAUGUUUAUGUAUCGUACUUACUACGAAAGAAGUUGACAUAAGAGCGAUGUCUUUCUCAGGCAGUGUAAGUGAUGGAUCGGUUGUCGACGAUGAAAGUUUAAGUACAGACAAACAGCGAGUGCAAAGGGAAACCAGCAAGGCGAAACGUGGAAUAAUAUAUUUAUCUACAAUUCCACCGUAUAUGAACGUCACCAAAGUGAGAGAGAUUUUUGGGCAGUUUGGCGAGUUAGGAAGAGUUUAUUUACAACCAGCAGAUACAGGUAGGGAAGUCGGCAACAAAAAGAGAAAACCAGCGAAACAUUUUACAGAAGGCUGGGUUGAAUUCAAAAGAAAAAAAGUGGCCAAAUUCGUUGCACAGACCUUAAACAACACGCAGAUAGGCGGAAGAAAGAAAAGCAAAUUUUAUGACCAUAUUUGGUGCAUAAAAUAUCUGCCAAGAUUACAAGAAACAAAUUAACUAAGAUGUAAGAAGUGGAUCCCAUUUAUCUUUCAUUGGCACACUCCUUUAUCAAGAAGUAUGAGGCAGUUUUUCCCACUGUUCCAAAGUCUAGUAAUUAAUUUGUAAUUACAAAUUACAUUGAUAAAAUGUGUAAUAAUUGACAAAUUUACUGUAUAAAAUCUCUCCGCAUUCCAUGUGCAUCAUAUUUCAGUAGAAAUUUAGAUAUUUAAAAGUCUACAUCAUCUUCAUAGAUGGAAGAAGACUACUGAAAGUGAAGGCUUACUGCUGAGUUUCUGCUGAAAAUGUUCUGCAAGUAGAACAGUGAGAGAAUUUCAUACAAUUCAGGUGCUGUGAAUAACUCGCUGUCAAGUGGAGCAGGACUUUUUUAUUGCAUUGAUCAAUGAUGAGAAGUAUACUUGCAUGGGGUAAUUUGUAUUUUGUUGUACAGGAGUGUUCAUUUCUCUUUGCGUUAGUUCAGUGGGUAAACACUGACUAUAUAUAUUACAACCUUUGCUUUGUAAAUGAAAUACUGAAGAAUGACUGUCAUUGCAAAUAAUGUAAUGAAGGAUAAGAAUACUAAUAAAUAAAUAAUAGUGUUAAAUAUUAAACAUUAUGUAGUUUCAUAUACUAAAGGAUCUGAUAUUGUGUAAAUAAAUUUAAAAAUGCAACUCAAUAAAAUUAUUCCUGCAAUAAG